GCAAAAUGGAAGACUCAAUUCAAAAAACCCGCUUUAAAUCCUUCAUGUCUGUACCUGAGUACGGAGGUCUUUCUCAUAAAAGAGAGCAAUUCAUGAUUAGUUUAAGGAAAUAAGGCUAAAAUGAAGAAGUUUAAUGAGAAAAGGAAAAUCUUAUGGAAAAAUAAUGUUCAACAUGAGGAGUUUACCUCUGUACAAGAAUUUAUACCUGACUAUUUCAAGCUGAAUCCCUUGGAAAGAUUGCAGGGGCUUAUAGCUAAAUUCUUGGAUUGCUCUUCAGACUCUGUAUGACAGGAGCUUCUUGAGAUCCUCUGCUUCAUUGUUAAUGAAAGGUGGAAUAAAGAUUAUGAGCCUGAAUUCAUGACACGGGAAUUUGCUGAAAAAUUGAUGGUUUUAUACGAAGAGCCUCAGAAUAGAGACAUCGUGACUAUCCUGUUUAACAAUGUAAUCUAUAACUGUACUGAAAUUAGCCAAUACUGGGUCGAUGCUAUUUUAGACAAGAAAUUCGUGGAUAAUUUGCUUGAUAAACUUGACCUCCAGGUGUCAUUUUUGGAAGAAGAUGCUGAAUGAAUGAAGAAUUCAUGCGCUCUUUUAGCAAAUUUAAUUGUCUCAAGCAAACAGAUAAGAGACGAAUGAGUCAGUAUAAUACAUAUAAAGUACAAAGGACUACCCUUGGAUCUUGAAAAUAUUGAGCUCGACCGUCUCCUUGGAUUCCCUGUGCUGAUCGAAAAAUUAAUGUUUUUCAUUAAGAAUUUAGCAUUCAACUUCACUAAAGAAAAUUUGGAAGAAGUUGAUUAUUUAUGAAAAUUCCUCAGCAUUGUGCUACUUAGCCAUGAAGUGAAUGAGUUCUCGAAUGAUAUCAAACAGGGGAUUAUCAAUGAAGGGUUAGAGUGCCUUAAUCUGAUAUACUCUAUUGAGGAGCUUCCUUUUAAUUCAAGGUAUUCUAACAUUUAUCCAAAAGAGAAUCUAGUUGAGUUAUUAGUUGACUUGUUCUGAGAGAAGUACCAUAAGUUCCAAGAAAGAGCCAUGUUAGUUAUUGAGAAGCUCAUUGUACUGCACCUGAUCUGAGACCCUUGUAUUAAGAAAGUUAUCCCUAGCAUCAGACCCUUAAUUUCUAAAUAAGAAAGGGAUGGUAUUCCUGAAGAACCUUGUGACAAUUUUUCCAGAUUCUUUAUCAAUGAUCCUAGAAGAAGGACUGCUUUACAAGAUUUGAGGGCAACUAGAUUCUGCAAAUCUCUCGACCAAACUUCACGUUAUUGAACUCUGCCAAGGAUUCAUAACUGCAUGUGACAAAGAGUGCUUUGAUAAUAUGAUUUAUGAGAAUCUGUUUUAUGUAGUAUACCAACAAUUGAGCAGAGCCAUUGAGCCUUCCCUUGUCAAAGAAUGUCUCGUCUUGGUCUAUAACAUGCUUCGAAAGGAGGAAGAAUUCUGUCAAGAUACUGAUGCCUUAGAAGAAUUCAGAGAAAUGGGUGGGUUUGAAAAAUUAGUAUCCCUAACUGAGCAUCCAAACCAUGAAAUUAGUGAUAUUGCCAAUAAAUUUAUAAUGAAUUUUGCUGAUUCAGAUGAGGAUGAUAUCUCUACUGAAAAAUAUCACUAA